AUGGGUUUAGGGCUUUUAGCUGUGAAAACAGUAACUUCCCGUCAGAAGCACUCUCUCAAAUGCCAUCUUAUACCAAGUUCCUCAAAGACAAUUUUAUCAAAUAAGAGAAGGCUGGAGGACUAUGAGACUGUUGCUCUUACAGAGGAAUGCAGUGCCAUAUUGCAGAACAAGCUGCCACCAAAACUCAAAGAUCCAGGAAGCUUCUCCAUACCUUAUCUUAUCGGUAACAUGAAUAUAGACAAAGCCCUCUGUGAUCUAGGUCCAAGUGAGGACGUCCAAAUCCCUAUAAUCUUGGGAAGACCUUUUAUAGCAACUGUUGCAGCUGUCAUAGACGUUAAGAAUGGACUGCUAACUCUCAAGGUAGGAGAUGAAGAAGUAGAGUUCAACCUGUUCAACACAAUGAAACACAAACUUGAACCUGAUGAAUGUUUCAAGGUUGAUAUAAUUGAUAAGCAAGUUGUAGAGGAAUUCAUUAAAGCACACCCUAAAGAUCCUCUGGGAGCAUCCAUUGUGCAUAGCCACACGGCAGAGAAGGAGAACACGGAGAUUGUAGCUUGUGCAUAA